AUGAACCACCAAGAGCCAAUGCGCAAAAUUGCUGGCCCGUUAUCCUCUUUGUCUCAAAGUCCUAACGAUAGCUCUACCGUCUCACUUGAGCAUCUAUACAUGCUAGAUACAUCUUCUGACCGGAUGCUCGAGAUAGAUUUGGCUACAAUUCCCACGGGUCCCAGUGACGGGCCUGCAUGGGCUCAACACAACUUUUCGUACCUAGAUCUACCAAUUGAACCAGUUACACCAUCAGAGCACCAACCCUCAGCUUCCGAGGCAAAGGACACUGCAGAUAAGAUUGCUUCAGCGCUCGACGAUUUACUGAGUAAAGACGUUUUAUCCCUUGACUCAACACAAAAAAUACGACCUGUGAUCUCUGAUGAGAUUGACGCCGGCCGGUGCUCGUCAACAGAGUCAGAGUUGGCAAGGCUUUACUAA